GAGGUGGUUAAUGUUUCACCUGCGCGAGACCACGUCACGUUAGCUUCAGGAAAAAGCCACCGUGGAGUCUGUGAUCCCACUGGACUGAUGCUUUUCUCUGUGUUUUUUAAUGGUAAAACUGAAGUCUGACGAGCCGUACUGAACUUUACUCUGAGUUUGUUGAUACCUGUAAAGUCGUGUACCAAGCAGAAUGUCUGCCUCCGCAAUAUUUGUGUUGGAUUUGAAAGGGAAGGUGCUGAUUUGUCGUAACUACAAAGGCGAUGUGGACAUGGCAGAGAUUGACCACUUUAUGAAUUUACUCAUGCAGCAUGAAGAGGAAGGACUUCUCAGUCCUGUGUUGUCCCAUGGCAAUGUUCACUUCAUGUGGAUCAAGCACAGCAAUCUUUACCUUGUGGCCACCACCAAUAAGAACUCAAACGCCUCACUCAUUUACUCAUUUCUUUACAAAAUAGUUGAGGUGUUCACAGAAUACUUCAAAGAGCUGGAAGAAGAGAGCAUUCAGGACAAUUUUGUUGUUGUUUAUGAGCUGCUCGAUGAGCUGAUGGACUUUGGGUUCCCUCAGACUACCGACAGCAAGAUCCUGCAAGAAUACAUAACCCAGGAAGGUGCAAAGCUGGAGGUGGCGAAGAGCAAGGUCCCCACCACUGUCACCAACGCUGUUUCCUGGCGGUCGGAGGGCAUCAAAUACAAAAAGAACGAGGUUUUCAUUGACGUCAUUGAGUCCAUCAAUGUACUGGUGAAUGCCAAUGGGAGCGUAAUGAGCAGUGACAUUGUGGGGAGCAUUAAACUGAAGACCAUGCUGUCUGGAAUGCCUGAACUGCGCCUCGGCCUCAAUGAUCGCGUUCUUUUUGCGCUCACUGGACGUGACAAGGGGAAGACGGUGGUGAUGGAGGACGUGAAAUUUCAUCAGUGUGUCCGUCUCUCCCGUUUUGAAAGCGAUCGGACAAUCUCCUUCAUUCCUCCAGAUGGAGAAUCUGAACUCAUGUCAUAUCGCAUCAAUACGCAUGUGAAACCUCUGAUAUGGAUUGAGUCAGUCAUUGAGAAAUUUUCUCACAGCAGAGUUGAGAUCAUGGUUAAGGCAAAGGGACAGUUUAAAAAGCAGUCUGUGGCCAAUAAUGUGGAGGUGAGGGUCCCGGUCCCCAGUGAUGCUGAUUCACCCAAGUUCAAAACCAGCACAGGCAGUGCUAAAUAUGUACCUGAGAAGAACCUGGUGGUGUGGACCAUCAAGUCAUUCCCUGGAGGAAAGGAGUUUCUUAUGAGAGCUCACUUUGGUUUGCCCAGUGUAGAGAAUGAUGAAGCAGAAGGGAAACCACCUAUUACAGUCAAAUUUGAAAUCCCCUAUUUCACAGUCUCUGGCAUUCAGGUUCGGUAUAUGAAGAUUAUUGAAAAAAGCGGGUACCAGGCUUUACCCUGGGUGCGCUACAUCACACAGAGUGGAGAUUACCAGCUGAGGACUAACGUGUAAAGGCUGAGGGAUGCUCCAUUGUAUAUUCUUCAUGACUUUCCGAGGAACAAAAAGAUCACUUUUAACAGCACUGGAGGAAAAAAAAAACAAACAUGUUUUAAAAUAUCACCUGCUUUAAUGUUAAUUUUCUUGUUUUAAGAAGUUUUUAUCAAAUGUGUUUACUCAGAAUUUUAUGUGCAUUCAUACAUUAAAAUUAUUUAAAGCAUA